UCUAUCGUAACGCGAUUACAAAAUGGUACAAUAAUGUCAUAAGACGCAUAUCGGUCGAGUGGGGUGGUCUGGUAACCAGGUGGCGACAAAUCUGGUCAGUGUUGUAUUGCUUAGUGAAUGUGCGCCCGCGUCACUAUCGUGCAAAAGUCAAAAUGCGGAUUAUAAUACUAUGCUUCGUCCUGGGCUCGGCUUGGUGCAGUGAACAGGAUUGGCUUCCUAUUGUGCACAAGCCACCAGCCGCCUAUCCCAGCUACAGUCCCUCGUCUGAUCCGGCGAUUGAUUCAAGUUCCCAGCUGAGAAUCCUCAACAGGAGACCAUAUCAACCUGCAGCUUCAUACGACACUAACAAAUUUACUGGUCUCUUCAAACCAGUGCCGGUUACCGAAACGGACUCGUGUAGCGUUUAUAAAGUGUCUAUGAACCAGGAAUUGUUCUAUCAAUAUUUGGAAUACGAUACAAAACUCCCCGAUCUGAAGGAGUUCACGCUCUGCAUGUGGAGCAAAUAUCACAAUCAUUCCGCUGAUCAUCCAUUGUUUUCCUAUGCUGUUGACGACAAUCCUAAAGAGAUUUCGGCAUGGAUCUCAAAUACAAAGGAGGCGAGUUAUUUCAGCAUGGCUGUACACGGACAAACAUUCUUCCGACUCAACUACCCUAUUAAAUUGAACACAUGGUAUCACAGCUGUCAAUCUUGGAAUGGAAAGACCGGUGAAUGGCAAAUAUGGAUCAAUGCAGAACGAGUUGGUAGAGGAUUCCAUAAUAGACUCGUCGGUCAUAUCAUAAAGGGCGGGGGUACUGUGAUAAGUGGUCAAGAGCAAUCACUGCUGUACAAAGACGACGCUUUGGAUGCAGUUAAAAAUCAAGUCGGUCUUAUUGGAGAGAUUACCAUGCUUCAGUUAUAUCAUGUAGCGUUGACAGCUGGUAAAGCUCACAGAGAUCAUAAACAUCAUCACGCGCAUCACUUCAAACACGAUGGUUCUUUGGUAGAGGUUUCUACGGAAGCUGUUACAGAACCACCACCACCAGAACCUACACCUAUUGGUAAUGGACACUUCCUCAUCGGAGGACAGUUACAGAAGCCUUCCCAGAUUAAUCUCGCAAGGCCAGAUCAACAAAAUAUGGUUCCUUUACCGCUAGCCAACGGCCUUCAAUAUCAACAAGAUUUCGGCAACGGGCUAUUGGGCCGUCCAAUCUUGCCCGAUCAUCUACUAAAUGGUGUUCAACAAAUUCCAUCAAACCACAUCGGAGCCAACGUUGCCCCAUCUCAAGUACCAUUAGUCGGACUAUCGUUAUCUAGUUCGCGUUAUCCAAAUAGGCCACUGGGACCAACUAAAGGGACAUCAGUUGUACUAUCGAGUUCUCUACUAAACCCGGCAAAUGUUCAAUACAUUGAUGACACCGUACCACAUAAUUUAUACAAGAGGAAUUCAAAUAAACGUGAUAAGCGUGACAAUCCUGAGAAAGAACUAAUUGAAGAAAGAAGUUCAGGCAAAAAAGAUAAGCGUGGACUUGUGGCACUAUCGGAUGGAUCGAUAGUAGAUGAAGCCUUACUUAGUACUGAUCUUAUCGACGAUAACAAAGAAGACGAAGCUCUGUUCCAGCAAUCAUUAUUAAAUGGAUUAGCUGGUGUCGUUGGAAACUUACCCGUGCAAAACUUACAAAAACAAACCGUGGAUGAAAGGGAGCCAGCAGAAGCCGAAGUGAAAGCUGUUAUGAAAGUUUGUAGUGGAUGCACUACUGAACCUUUUAAGAAAGUCUUAGUACUUUCGUGGAGGUCUACACCAAAAAAAUUACACAGUGGAGCCCAUUACUACAAAGGACUACCAAUUUGUAAGGCAUUUUAGACUUACGGCUGCUAUGUUGGGUACAAAAUUAUAAUAUACUUCUAAUAUUGCUAGACAAUAAGAAUAACAUAUCAUAAUUAUCUAAAUUCUUCGAAAUAAGUAAUUGUCAACUAGAAUGUAGAAUACUGACCAUAUUUUCUAAAUAUAUUUAGUCUUAAUGGUAAACAUAACAUAAGUAGCACUUUUAGACAGAUAACUUGCCAUUGUAUUCCAUUGUAAUUAUUUAUUGCAGUACUAGACUAAUUUUGUACAUUCCUAUUUUUAACAUAUAGGGUAGUUAUCUACGAAAUUGGUAGGUUAAAUAGACUAAGAUACUUUAACAUUGAAUAUUAUAUAGAUACUAAGAAACAUUA